CACUCUUGAAGUCACCGUUUCAGCAUUCAGACAGAAGGACAGGAGAAGACCAACCUCCACAGAGAAAUACUUCCACACUGUCAAGACUCCUCAUUUAGAGGGAUGGCAAAGAAGAGGACAGCUUCCUCUGCUCAAGAAGGCCCAAGAAAAUCUUUGAUCUGAUUUUCCAGGGGAAGCCUAUAUUGAGAGCACAAGGUGGAUAUUUUUAUUGGACUAAUCCAGAGUUAGAGACACCUCCAACCAGCUCACCUGUGUCUGAAUUGGGGGAGGUGAGAUAAGGGCAAGGAGGGAAGAGCUCUGAAGCUCCUGUCCAGACAGAAACAUGCCCCCCUCUUCCAGGAUCAAUUAUUCAUAUGCAUGAGGUUUCCUGUGUGUCAGGCUAGAACAAGGCGGGCUGCGGAGGCUCGGCUCCAAACUGGGGCACAGUACGCCGUGAGACAAGAGCUGAAGGAGCAGAAAACAGGGGGACAAGAGAGAGACAGGACCCAGAGAGACAAAGGGUCCCAACAGCAGAGGAGAAUAACUUGAGGACCGUUUUCUGUUUGCCGUUUGGGGGAGAAUGAAGGCUCUGCAGAAGAAUCAGGGACGCACUGACCAGAUGUUGGGAGCCAUGGCUGACAUGCUUACUUCCGUGGCCAUGCCCAAUCAACAGUGGGUCUCAGAGGGGGGUGAGGCGGACCUCCCAUCAAGCGAGGAGGAGAAGGGGCCUGUGCAGGGCCAGUGGGAGCCAGAGGGGCUGGAGUGGGAGCACCAGGUCACUACGACAGAAAACCCAGAGCGGGGAGAAAGAACAGACUCAUACUCGGCAGCAGGCAGCGAUGGCAGCAUCUCCACCUCCGUGGCGUCACUACCCCCGCUGGCUUCAGGCAGCUCGGCCCCCAGCUCCCCAGGCUCCAGACGCUCCGUGAGCACCCUUAAGAAGUGGCUCACGAACCCCGUCCGCAAACUCAGCGUCGGGGCCACCGCCAAAGGCGAGCGUCAGGUCCGCAAACUUGAGGGAAAGCCUCCACCUCUUUCGUCCCAAAGCCAAAGCCUGGAUCUGGGCAGCCCCCCGAGGAAUGAUGACACUUUCACCAUCCUGCCCGUCACCCACAGAGAACUGGAGUGGAAAGAUGGCCUGGCAAGCCCUGAGGACCUGUCACCGGCUACACUACAAUCUCCCAGCUACAUAACUGACUCGCUGAUUGGCUGCACGUCACUGCCAAACACCCAGGACACUCAGUCCACCAGUGUUUUGCCAGAUGACAGCUGCUCUGUCUUGAUGGACGACACCUCCAGCCAAUGGUCAACCGCGGCCGACACUGAGGAGGAGAGAAGGAGUGCUUUAGAGAAAAGCAUGUACGUACUGAUGGAGCUUAUUGAGACAGAGAAGCACUAUGUGGUGGACCUGGGGCUCAUAGUGGAGGGCUACAUGGGCACAAUGCACUCCAAAGGUAUCCCGGAGGACAUGAAGGGAAAAGACAAGAUUGUUUUUGGGAACAUUCACCAAAUAUUUGACUGGCAUAAAGACUACUUCCUGGGAGAGCUGGAGAAGUGUAUAGCAGAGCCAGAGAGGCUGGCUCAACUCUUCAUUAAACAUGAGAGGCGUCUGCAUAUGUACGUUGUAUACUGUCAGAACAAGCCCAAGUCGGAACAUAUCGUCUCAGAGUAUAUCGAGACUUACUUUGAGGAGUUGCGGCAGCAGCUGGGCCACAGGCUGCAGCUCAACGACCUGCUCAUCAAACCUGUCCAGAGGAUCAUGAAGUACCAGCUGCUGCUCAAGGACUUCCUGAAGUAUUACACCAAAGCUGGGAUGGACACAGAGGAGCUGGAGAAAGCAGUAGAAGUGAUGUGCUUUGUGCCAAAACGUUGCAAUGACAUGAUGAAUGUGGGCAGACUACAAGGCUUCGAGGGGAAGAUCACAGCCCAGGGCAAACUGCUCCAGCAAGACACCUUCACUGUGACAGAGCAGGACAGUGGCUUCUUGUCCAGAGCAAAGGAGAGACGGAUCUUCCUGUUCGAGCAGCUCGUCAUCUUCAGUGAGCCAAUCGACAGGAAGAAAGGUUUCUCACUCCCUGGAUACAUCUUUAAGAACAGCAUCAAGGUGAGCUGCCUGGGGGUGGAGCCCAGCGUGGAGGGCGAUGACGCCCGCUUUGUGCUGACGUCACGCAACUCUGACGGGAGUGUGGUGCGCUUCCAGUUGCUGGCCUCCUCCCCGGAGAUCUGCAGGGCCUGGGUCAACGAUGUGGUUCAGAUCUUGGAAAGCCAGCGCAACUUCCUCAACGCCUUACAGUCUCCUAUUGAGUACCAGCGACGAGAAAGCAAGUCUAAUAGCCUGGGCCGCAGCAUGAGGCCCCCCCUGUCUGCUGCCAGCGCCCUGCGGCCCCACUCCUCCGCCUCUAUUGACCGCCAUAAGCUGCCCUCCCUUCACUCUCACAACACCUCCCUGCCCACGCUCUACCUGCCCAGCCAAGGCCAGGGCCAAGGACCCAGCGAGACCUACUCACUGCAGGACCCCACUGUGGUCCAGCUGUGCCCUGCUGACUCCCACACUGUUUCUCCAUCACAUGUCCAACUGGGCUUCACUGAUCAGCCAAACUGUCAAGCUGUGUCAAACGGGCUGUACACACCCACCACACAAAGUGCACAGAGAGCAGGAGAGGGCUGCCGGAGGGGUCAGGCUGCUGAUGCUGGGAGCCAGGCUCCGCUGUCGGGCCCCUCAGCUGGACGACGCCCCAGCAACCUGGCUCAGCUCGCCGAGGACGACCUAUGAACUCUGACGCUCUCUGUCUCCUGCGUCGUCGGGAGGACAGCAGCUAAACGCCACAGCUGUGGAGACAAGAAGACUUGUCUACUGUCUGUUUAAGCCAGGCUGGACCCUUACCUGGUUCAGUCAGGAUUUCUGGAGGAUAAUGAAGGAACCUGAAGGAACAUAUGAAGGAAUUCUGGGCUGCAACUCCUGUUUUUAGAGAGCCAUUCAAUGGGAAGCCUCGGACACCUCGAGUGUACAUGAACAGCACCCGGUGGGGUGUUACCGGGCUCAGAGUGAAAACACUCCAUGGACACUUUUUACCUCUUUUGAGAGUUUGUACACCAUGCUCUUCUCUCUUUCAAAGGGCAAGGGGAAUUUGUUUGAUGAAGAAAUAUCCAUUCCUGAUUGGGGCGGUCACUGGAGUUACGUGUGUGCCUGAAUGUGUGUGGAUGUGUUUGAGUGCAUGAGAGAGUGCAAGGAGUGGCAGUGGCUCCUCUUUUACCCUUUCCUUGAUUAAGUUUUUUUCUGAUGCCCCAUUGUGAAGACAAGUACAGUUACAUUCACACAUUUUGUCAUUCCCCUGCUGACAACCGAGUUUGCUGUUUGUGUCGACAAGAACGGGAAAAGGCAGAACACUUUGACGUGAACGCGCCACAAGGACUCUACUCGCUCGAGUUUCAACUGAAAGUGAAGAACUUUCUUUUCUUGCCACAGUGUCGAGAGCCCCCGUGUGCUCUCUUAUUCUGUUUGACCGGCCCUCGUUUGAUCUGGACAAAAAAGGCGUGAGGGAGCCCCCUGGAGGUUCUCUGUGGGUAUGACGUCACUUCGGAUUACUUCUUUGCUCUUUGGGCAACUCCAGAGGAGUUGCGAGAUACAGCAGGUGUGUUCAAAGGGACUGCUGCGCUGACCCAAAGUGUUGCAUGCAACGUCUCCUUGGUGAUUGACUGACACGAUGCUACUUUACACAGAUCUUUCUUUCCAGGCCGAAGUAGUUGUGGUUUGGGGGCACACGUCCUUAAAAGUGCAUUGAUUUAAACUAAUAUGAAUUGUUUUAUUAGUCCACUGUUGUCAUGUCAAGGCUGUGCACCAUUUCUAUAAUCACUGAUAGCUUUUGCCCUCAUGGACUAAAUACUGUACAGUGCAUACCGUAAAGGCAAUCAUACAUUUCCACUUGAAAGAUGAAGAAUGACCCGGUUAUGCCAAGAAGUGUUACCGUUCCAAAAAUGAAGGAUGAUAUGUUGCUGGAUAAACAAGAGUGAUGCUGAUGAAUCUGCAUGCUCCUUCUUCCUCAGACGACAGUGCCAAAAACAGCAGCUCACCACUCAAACGUUUCACUCUUACUUAUAGUUCAGUUUGCCACUACUCUUACAAAACAAUCGUAGAAAUCUGUUACGCCAAAGUGACAAAAAGAGGAGAGCGGAGUAGAUGAAGGUGGCCAUCCUCAGUCAGUUCUUCUCCGUGGCCAGUAGAGGUCCCCACAAGGCUUUCACUCCCAGUUUAGUUCGAUCAUACAGCUGCACCAAAGAUCAAUAGGCCUCAUAUUUCAGUGCUCACAAUGAAGCAAAAAGCUGCUCAGUAAUCUGCCCGUAAACACAAUAAUAAUAAAUUACACAAAAUAAACUGAAAGGUGAGACGUUAGGUGAGUGGAGCCAUCUCACAGAAUCCCUCUGCAGUUAAUAUGAACUGGUGUGUUUUCAUGGGAAUUACCGAUCAGGCAGUUUUUCUUUAAGUAAUACCACUACAGAGAACCAAAAGCAAGGAGAGGGUUGGUUAAUGCCAUGUUUGACUGAAAUGUUGUAUCAUAUCAAAUAAAAGUGUCUUUUUGAAACUGA